GAUAUUCUGGAUAUAUUCUGAAGGGAGGUCCAUUAUGUUUUGCUGAUGGAUGGGAUGUGGGGUGUGUGAGAAAAGUCAAGGGUGACUCUAGGGCUUUUGACCCGAGCAUUAGUGAGGUGGCUUUGGGAAAGAUGUCAGGCAGAGCAGGCUUGGGGGGAACCCAGUGCCCUGCUCACUCUGGCUGCUGAUAUGUAGUGGGAUGGAGUUGCUCACAGAUCCAGCUGCCUGCCAGAUCCUCUCCCUGGAUGUCCCCCAGACACCACACGCUCAGCUUGUCUAAAACACAACUCUGUUUUCCCCCAGAUCUCCUGCCUCACACACACACACCCCCACCCUGGCCAGAAUCCUGAGGGUCGCCCCUACUGUCACCUCCUACAGCUGGCUGGCUCUUGUCAGUUUUCCCCAAGAUUGCUCAAGUCUGCCAACUCUCUAUCCCUCGGACCUUUACCGUACCAGCUCUCAUCUAGAUUAUUGCAGAGAAGGGCUGGGUGGAACGAACGAAGAAUUGGAAGGAUGAGAGAUUAAAGAAUGAUUGGCUAACCCCUCUCCUCCAGCCUCCACCCCAGAGCAGCAGUCUUUGAAAGCACACAUUUCAGACUAUGUCCCUCAACGAUAAACCAUUCACGUCUCCCCAGGGCCUACACAGACCCAAACUGGUGGGCUACAGACGUGUUUUGUUUGACCCACAUAGUGUUGUUUUUCUUUUUUAACCUUGAAUUAGGGUAUUUUACAUUAAACUUCUGGAUUUCCUGCUCCUCACUGAUACUACCAGGAUGUACUUCUCCAAAGCAGUCCUUGGCUGGUGGAGUAGUGGCCCCCACUUCAGACAGGGCAUGCACUCUCUGAACCAGAUAGCAGCCUGGGGCACAGGUAUGGUCACGAGGGCAGUUGGGCAGUGCUGAAGACCCAGCCUGGCUCCAGCUUCUUUGAAAGAACUCCAGCCCCCCAGCACCUCAGCCCACAGCCCUCUGCUGCCCACAGGAUGGGAGCCUGGGGGCUGGGAACCCAGCCAUGAGGGACUCCUGCCCCUCCCAGCAAAAGGCCAGCCCUGCACUCCUGAGGCACACCCCUACCCAAAGCCCAGGCAUGGACUCUAGACACAGCAGCCCCAUUGGGGCUGGGGAAGGGGCCUCCUGUUCUGAGGGCCCUGGCAGGAGCUUGGCCUGCCCCUCCCUGACCUGCAUCCCUCCCCAAGAGGCAGCCACCAAGGAGACAUUGGGGGCACAUGGAGCCUUGAUCUCAGGGACACAAGAAACCACCUUCUCUGGGAAGCCAGACCCUGUGUCCUCAGUGAACACUGAUCUCUCAUCCUUGGAGAAUAGAAAUCCUGUGUUUUUAGAGAAGAUGGAAUCCAAGUCUUCAAAGCAGGCAGAUUCCACUUCCAUGGGAGAGGAAGAUGCUGGGCCCUUGAGAAAGGCAGAAUCCAUGUUUAUAGCAAAAACAGAGCCUGCAGUCUUGGGAAAAGGGGAUCCUGUGGCUCCUAGAAGGAUGGACCCUGUGACCCCAAGAAAGGAGGAUCCUGGAUCCUUGGGAAAGGUAGAUCCUGUGUGUUCUGACAAGGUGGAUACAGUGUCCCCAGGGAAGGAGGGUCCUGUAUCUGCUACCAAAGUGGAUCCUGAGUUCCCAAGAAAGGAGGAGCCCAGGUAUUCAGGAAAAGAGCUUCCUGUGGCCUCAAGAGAGGUGGCUUCUGCAUCUGUGAGAAAGGCAGAUCUUGUGUCCUUGAGAAAGAAAGAUCCUGGGCCCUCAAGAAAGAUGGAUCCUGUGUCCUUGCUAAACGCAGAUGCUGCAUCUUCAGAAAAGACAGAUCCUGGGUCUUUGGGAACACUGACUCCAGGGUCAUCAGGCAAAACCGAGCCUGUCUCCCCUGGAAUAGCAGCUCUGGGGUCCUCAGGAAGGAUGGAUCCUACUCGCUUGGGGAUGACAGAUCCUGCAUCUAUGGGAAAUACAGAAAUUGUGUCUCCCACAAAAGAGGACCCUCAGUUCCUGGGGAAGGUGGACCCUGCCUCCUCAGGAAAGGAAGAUUCCAUGUCGACGAGAGUGAUAAAAACUAUGUCUGCUGGGCAGAUGGGUGGUCCUGUGUUUUCAGGAGAGAUGGAACCCACAUCUUUGAAAAAUAUGGAUCCUGUGUCUUCAGGCAGGGUGGGACCGGUUUCUUUGGGGAAGGUGGAGCCUGUGUCCUCAGGAAAGCCAGAGCCCUUGUCUCCCGGGCAGGCAGAGCCAACGUCCAUGGGAAAGACAGAGACCGUAUCAUCACAAAAGGAGGACCCAGUAUCCUCCACAAAGGUGGACCCCAUUUCUCUGGGAAAUACAAAAACAGCAUCUUCUGGAAAAGUGAACCCUGAAUCGAAAGGAAGAAUAGACCCAGUGCCCUCAGGUCCAGAGACUCCCAAAUUCGUGGGGACAGCAGGACUCUCAUCCUCUGUAAAAGGCGAGGCAGUGACUGGGGGGGAAGCAGAUCCACUGUCCUCAGAGAAGGCAGGUCCUAUGGCCUCUGGAAUGGUGGGUCCCACAGCCUCAGGGAAGGCUGAUCCCCUGGCCUUGGGCAAGGCAGACACUGUGAACAGAGGGAAGGCAGAAACUAUUCCCCCUGGGGAACUGGACUCUGUGUCUUCAGGAAAAGUGGACCCCAUGACUCUAGAAAAAACUGUCCUGGCAUCCUUGGGAAAAGCAGAAACUGUGCCAGAGGAGAAGGUGGAUCCUGUGCCUCCAGAAAAGGGGAAUCCUGUGAACUCUGUAAAGGUGGAUCCCCGGGCCUCGGGGAAGGCAGAACCCAUGGCUGAGGGCAAAGCAGAAACAAAGCCCCUUGGGCAGCAGGGCCCUGCGGAAAAAGCAGAGGCUGCAUCUCUGCAGAAGGAAAAGCCACUGGCUUUGGAGAAAGGGGAGCCAGAAUCCUCAGGAAAAGCAGACCCUAUUGCCUCUGGGAAAGUGGAGCCUGCGGUCCUGGGGAAGGCCAACGCUCCAAGCAAAGCAGAGCCCUCAUCCUCCGGGAAGUUGGGCUCCCUGCCUCUGGAGAAGGCGGAGGCCUCCUCUUCCAGGCAGUCAGAUGGCAAACCCUGCGGCCCAGGCGCUUCUCCCGCGGGUGCCGGUAGCGGCGGAGGCCUCCUGGAGCCAGCGCCAGCGCCCAGCACAGCGGUCUCCAGCCCAGGCCAGAAAGACCCGACGGUCGCCGGGACCGAGAAAAGCCCCGGCCCAGAGGCCGCAGGGCCCCCGGUGGGGCCACGGACUCGCGACAACUUCACUAAGGCGCCGUCGUGGGAGGCCAGCGCCCCGCCGCCGCGCGAGGACGCGGGCACGCAGGCGGGCGCACAGGCCUGCGUGUCGGUGGCCGUGAGCCCCAUGUCUCCGCAGGACGGCGCGGGCGGCCCGGCCUUCAGCUUCCAGGCGGCGCCUCGCGCGCCCAGCCCCGCGCCCAGGCCGCCCUCGCGCCGGGACGCGGGCCUGCAGGUGUCGCUGGGCGCCGCCGAGACGCGCUCGGUGGCCACCGGGCCCAUGACGCCGCAGGCAGCCGCGCCGCCCGCCGCGCCGCCCGCCUUCCCCGAAGUGCGGGUGCGGCCCGGCUCCGCACUGGCAGCCGCCGUGGCGCCCCAGGAGGCAGCCGAGCCCGUGCGCGACGUGAGCUGGGACGAAAAGGGCAUGACGUGGGAGGUGUACGGCGCCUCCAUGGAGGUGGAGGUGCUGGGCAUGGCCAUCCAGAAGCAUCUGGAGCGACAGAUCGAGGAGCACGGCCGCCAAGGGGCGCCCGCACCGCCGCCCGCCGCCCGUCCGGGCCCCGGCCGUGCGGGCUCCGUGCGCGCCGCACCCCCAGAGGGUCCCGCCAAGCGCCCGCCUGGCCUCUUCCGCGCGCUGCUGCAGAGUGUGCGCCGCCCGCGGUGCUGCUCCCGAGCCGGACCCACGGCCGAGUGAUCUCCUCCCCUUUCGUACGCCCGGGUUUCCAACCUUUUCAGGUUCCCUUCUUGACCCCAAGCUCCUAGAAGGGAUCCCUUAGACGGGCGGGAGGCCCACGAGGGGUGGGCAGCCUCUAGGGCCUUCUCAUCCUUUUCUUUCCAGCCUCCUCCCCCGCCAGCCACACAAAUGAACCCUCGCUACCCAGCCCCCUCGUGGUCAUGAGGCCACGAACCCAGCCCUGACACCCACCCUCCUGUCCCCUUACAGCUCUCAGCUCCACUCCCUCCGGGUCACGCUGGGUGACCUCGGGGCCCUGCUCAGCAGGCCCAGCCCUGAGAGCUGAGGCAGGCUCCUGAGAUGUCCAGAUUGGUAGGCUGAAGUCAUCAGUGGCCGCCCGGUCCCCAGAACAGGAGAGACUGUACAAAAGCUCCAAGUGUGCAAGGAUUGGUGUGUGAGAUCCCUGAGUGUGCAAGGCUCCAAAUGUGAGGCCCCUGGAAGAGCGUGAGUGUGUGUCCAUGCAGUGGGCUGGCCCCCAUGGCCCCGGGCAUGUCUUGCAUGCUGGUAGUCAUCCCCAAUUCCUGUCUCCCUCUCACCUGGCCCCAUCCCCAGCCCUAUCUCCACCCUCACUGGACACUUGUUCACAAUUCCUGACAGGGGGAAGGCAGCUGCAGGGGUGCCCCUGGGGGGGCACAGUUCUAAGAGUCUCAGAAAGGUCAGAGGCUCUCAGACAGGUCUGGGAAUCACAGACAGAAGCUCGUGGAAGGUCUUGGGUCCCAGGCAGCCUGACAGCUGGUCUUGGGUAUUGGGGGCAGGACGGAGAGCUCAUUCUACAACCCCAGUUGUCCUCUCAAGGCUGCCCUCUCCCACCCCUCGUCCCCCCUGUGCUGUGAGCCCCACGAGUCCCUUGUGAUCACUCAAUACCCGUUUCCCCCCACCCCUCCAGCCACAGUUUUUGGCUACAAACUGUCACAAUAUACAUUGGUAAUAAAAAUUUCCCCCAA